CAAUUUCAACUCAUUUUUUAGUCUUUGAGUUGGUGAUGGAAGUUUGAAGAUUGUGCAUCGGGCGGUUUUCAAAAAAGUGGUUUGGUUUUCGUUCCAAUUUGAGAAUUACGAUAAGAUGUUUCCAUCCUCUUCCAACUUCAGCGUUGACAUCUCGAUAUGCCUCUCAACAAUCAUCAUCCUACUGUAUCUCUACUGGACAAGAAACUUCAACUAUUGGAAAAACAGAGGCAUUCCUUACAAAAAACCAAUACCUUUCUUUGGUAACAUAAAAGAUGUGCUGACUUUCAGAAAGAGCAUCGGCAUGAAUCUCAAAGACAUAUAUGAUGAAAUGGAUGGUCCAUACCUGGGAAUAUUCAUCAUGGAUAAGCCUGCAUUGCUUCUCAAAAAUCUCGAUGUCAUAAAGAAUAUUUUGGUGACCGAUUUCAAUAACUUUUGUGAUAGAACGUUGACCCAAAGAAAAAGUGAUUUGGGUUCAAGUCUCCUUCCUUUGAUGAAAAAUCCUGACUGGAAGGCUUACCGAAAGCUGCUCACUCCAGCCUAUAGCAGCGGAAGAAUUAAAACUAUGUACAACAUUGUUGUUGAUAAUGGAGUAGAACUAGUGAGACACAUAGCCAAAAUAAUGGAGAAAACUGAUGUGAUGGAUGCUAGACAUGAAGCUACCCUCUAUGGAGCUGAGGUUAUAACUUCAACAGCUUUCGGUUUGAAAGGAGACUGCUUCGAAGAUGAGAAUUCCGGAUUCAAGAAAGCUGCUGAAAGAAUUUUUGACUUCAACGACAGAUCAAGGGCAAUAGCUACAAGUUGCUACAUGAUGUUCCAUUCGCUAGUUCAUAUCUUCCGAUUGAAAUUUGUUGAACCGAGAUCUGAGAAGUUUCUCAAAGACGAAUUCUUUAAGACUGUGAAGUAUAGACAGGAGAAUAAUAUUACGAGAUCUGACUUCGUAGAUAUACUGAUGAAUCUAAAGAAGAAUAAUAAAGUUAACGAAGUUCAGAUGGAUGACGAGAAGAUGGUUGCUCAAGCCAUAACAUUCUUCAUUGCUGGUUUCGAAACAACCAGCGCAACAAUCUCUUUCUCAUUAUACGAGCUCGCUAAGAACCCUGAGAUUCAGGAAAAGGUGAGAGAAGAAGUAUCGCCAAUAUUUGAUGAACAUGAAUUUAUACCUUACGAAACCGUCAAUACUGGAAUGGCAUAUACAGGAUGGGUAAUGAAAGAAACAUUGAGAAAAUAUCCACCAGCGCCCCAUCUAAGUAGAACCUGCCUCAACAAUUACAGAAUUCCAGGAACGAACGAUGUGAUACCAAAGGGCAUUCCAGUAUUUUUGCCUGUAUACGCUCUACAGACAGACCCGGAAAAUUAUCCGGAACCAGAAAAAUUCAUACCCGAGAGAUUUUCGCCAGAUAAUGCGGAACACUUCAAAGCUUUCUCGUGGCUUCCUUUUGGAGGAGGCCCAAGAAGUUGUUUGGGUGAAAGGUUCGCCACAGUAAGCGUCAAGUCAGCAAUUGCCAACAUAAUAUACAACUUCGAAGUAGAAUUAAGCGACAAGAGUUUGUCUGAAAUGGAAUUCCAUCCAAGGGCUUUUACCACUGCUCCAAAAACAAUGACGUUACCUCUGAGGUUCAAGAAGAUUCAUAGGGAAACUACGAAGUAUCCGAUCAAGUUCUAGGAAAUAUAAUUGAGGAAUAUUUCCAUAUAGAAAACGUUGUAAUAUAUAAUAAAGUUUUAUUUAUUAAGAA